AUGAAAUCACAAGAACUCUCACUUUAUUGCUUAAGAAAACUAGCUCAAAAACUUAAGCUUCUCACAAUCACAAAUCUCUCUCAAAUCUCAUCUUUCUCUCGACAUCUUUAUAUAUUGAUGAUCAGGAUUGCUUCUCUCUCAAGCUUCUUUGAAGUUUAUCCCAACAGGAACGGUCUCAUUCUCAAUUGCCUCUCAGCACUCGGUGCACAUUUUGCGCCACCAGAUUCGGCAACAGUUGCGCCUGUUCCAACACCAGUUCCAACGCCAGUUGCACCGGUUCCUGCGCCAGUUCCUGCAAAGAAACUAGAAGCAAAAGGUGGAGAUCAUGGUGCUGCUUGGGAUGAUGGUUUCUAUGAAGAUGUGAGGAAGAUUUAUGUAGGACAAGGUGACUCUGGUGUUUCCUUUAUCAAAUUUGUGUACGACGGUGGCAAGAAGCUUGUAGCUGGAGAUGGACAUGGGAAGAUGUCACUUUUUGAGCUUGAUUUUCCAAAUGAAUACAUCGUAUUGGUGGAGGGGUGUUACGAUAAGGUCUUUGGAAUCGAAGCUGAAGUUGUGACGAUGGUUAAGUUCAAAACAAACAAACGUACAUCUCCACCGUUUGGGAUGGAUGGAGGCACAACGUUUGUGUUUGAGAUGAAGGAUCAUAAAAUUGUUGGGUUCCAUGGAAAAGCUGGAGAUUAUGUUCAUCAAGUUGGUGUCCAUGUCUCGCCAGUCUCCAAGUCAUAA